AUUAAGGCGAACUUGUUAAUAGCUCUCAUCAUAUAUCUGCUUAGACUGUCAGCAUGAUUGAGUGCAUAUUGUUAACGCUUAUAUGCUUGAUAAUUCCUCAUUCUCAAGCUUUGAUACCCAUCCCAAAGAAUUAUAGUCCAGAAGAGAAAUAUUGUAGAAUUUAUAAGUCUGUACCUAUUGUGGAUAAUUAUCGGUCAUGUAUAACAUUGAAAGAAGCUGUUAAACGAUUCCGGAAACGACUUGUUCAUGAAGAAUUUCCACCGUCAACAGCACCAGUUGAUAAAUGUUUUAUACAUUCCAUAGAGCUGGUAAUCACUUCAGGCUGUGAUGAAAGUAAUGAAGUGCUACGGCCAUCUAAUUCAGCCAAAGAAUCAUAUUCCAUUUCAUUUCAGCAACAAAAGCUGAUUAUCACUUCUUCUGAAGUCUGGGGAAUUAUACAUGGAUUAGAAACAGUGUUGCAACAUAUAUACAAAGAUGAAUGGAAAGGAAGAAAUAUACAAAUAUUCACAUUGGAUGAUUCACCUCGAUUCUCACAUCGUGGACUCAUGCUAGACACAUCGAAACAUUUCCUCACCAUCGGAGAAAUCCACAAGUUCAUUGAUGCAAUGGCCAUGGUGAAAAUGAAUGUUCUACACUGGCAUAUCACAGACACUGAAUCAUUCCCAUUCGUCUCCUCCAUGUAUCCUGAACUGUCAAACAAGGGUGCAUAUCAUCCUGAGGCCUAUGUGUAUCAGCGUAAUGAGAUAGUUGAUCUACUGGAGUAUGGGCGUCUUCGUGGAAUUCGAAUAAUUCCGGAGUUCGAUACACCAGCACAUACACGGUCAUGGGGAAAUGGCUAUCCCGAAAUACUCACUCCUUGUCAUACUCAAGACGACGAAGGAAAUCAAAUACUCGGUCCUGUCAAUCCAACCAAUCUCACCUUCAUUUACAAUUUCUACCACGAAAUUCACCGUGUGUUUUCUGCUGACAACCACGUUCAUUUAGGCGGAAAUGAUGUGGAUUUCACAUGCUGGCAGUCCAAUCCUGACAUCACAAAAUUCAUGCAGGAAGAAGGAUUCAACAAUGACUAUACAAAGUUGAUGAACUACUACAUGAUACAACUUGUAGAAAUUGUCAGGGCCGCAUCGUUGGGAUCUCCAGUGGUUCCAAUUGCUUGGCAGGAUGUAUAUCAGGAUGGAUUUCGUAGUGACAAGGAUAUGAUUUUUCAAGUAUACAAAUCUGAUGAAUGGAAGAAGAGUGUUGAGGAGAUCACAAGAGCGGGAUUCAAAGUUCUCAUAUCGUCGUGUUGGAAUUUCAGUGAUGUGAGUCUCGGAGACGACUGGCGAGCGUUCUACGAGUGUGAUCCCUUGGAUUUCGAAGGAAGUCAAGCGGAACUGGCACUGGUCAUUGGAGGAGAAGGUGUGAUUCCAGGUGACUACGUGGAUGACUCAAAUCUCAUGUUGGUGUCAUGGCCUCAAGCCGCUGCAAUAGCUGAAAAACUCUGGUCCCAAGAGAGAACGAGCACAGACGAUUUCGGUGACCGCCUGAGUGAACUUCGUUGUCGAAUGAGAAGACUAAAUUGGGAUGUUCAACCAGUGAAUGGACCAGGAUUCUGCUCAAUUUGAUUCACCACACACACCGAAGUGUCUUCUCCCACUUCGCACACACUCACAGACACACACACAAAGACAGUAUUUUCCAUGAGAGUUCAAUAGACAGAAUGACGCUUGAUAUGUGCAGCCAGUGUGUGUGUGUGUGUGUCAGAGUGUCGACACAUCCAAUUAUUCUUCUCCCUCUCCUUCCAUUUUCCAUCCUCUUCGACAGCUUCACACUAAUUUUCACAAAUAU